GAGAAGGCUGGGCAAGCUGCCUUCUGCACCAGGGUCCUACACUCCUAGCCUGAGCUCUUCGGGACGCCCAUCACACCCUCCUUCUCCAAAGUCACAGGCCUGCGAAGCUUCCAGAAGCAAGGUCGCUGUCAUGCAUUGGAGUCCACACAAGCACUAUCUACUCCCGUGGAGAAGCUCAAGUCACAUUCCUAGCAGUGAAAAGAACAGGCCUUGGUUUGCACGCAGCUUUAGGACGUUCAAGGCGCUUGCUGUUACGCGGAGCGACGAUCUGAAUACACAAACGUGAGCAGCAGAAUCGCAGUACCAGCUCUCUCGCGGCUCCCACUCCAGAAGAGACGGAGAUCAUUUCCUCAACGCCCGCCUAGCAGGGAUACGGGCGUGGAGCACUUGAAGCCCAAGGCUACGAGAACUUACUCCCAUUAUGAUAAAUGGAUAACUCUAAAGUAGUCGGAAGUGACGUACUCGGUGAGACUCGCAGAUCAGCGACGUAAGUGGCUGCCACCUCAACUACCCACCUUCUCCCGGGACUGGCCGGCGGAGGAUAACUGUAGCUCAAAGUCCGCCACCAGCCCCGCCUCUACGGCUCCCAGCAGCACCCGAAACAAGCCAAGCCCGAGCCCAAACCAGACCGGAGAGCCUCGCAGCAAGCGCCCGGCGGCGCCUUGCGGGCAAUGGGCUUCAGAACUCAGCCACGCGCAUGCGCGGCCCUCUCUCCGGAGGAGUCCACGGAUCACCUGGACGACCACGCAUCAGCCACCUGCCCCUCCGGGUCCUUUCCCGCCCUUCACUCCUGCAGCUCAUUCUCACCUCUGGCCUCCGGCCUUUUGCAGUUAAAUAAUGGCAGAGACAAGUCUGUUAGAGGCUGGAGCCUCUGCGUCCUCCACAGCUGCAGCUCUGGAGAACUUACAGGUGGAGGCAAGUUGUUCUGUGUGCCUGGAGUAUCUGAAGGAGCCUGUUAUCAUUGAGUGUGGGCAUAACUUCUGCAAAGCUUGCAUCACCCGCUGGUGGGAGGACCUAGAGAGGGACUUUCCUUGUCCUGUCUGUCGCAAGACCUCCCGCUACCGCAGUCUUCGCCCUAAUCGUCAACUAGGCAGUAUGGUGGAAAUUGCCAAGCAGCUCCAGGCUGUCAAGCGGAAGAUCCGGGAUGAGAGCCUCUGCCCCCAGCACCAUGAGGCCCUCAGCCUCUUCUGCUAUGAGGACCAAGAAGCUGUAUGUUUGAUAUGUGCAAUUUCCCACACCCACCGGGCCCACAAUGUCGCGCCACUGGAUGAUGCCACACAGGAGUACAAGGAAAAACUGCAGAAGUGCCUGGAGCCCUUGGAGCAGAAGCUGCAGGAGAUCACCCGCUGUAAGUCCUCUGAAGAGAAGAAGCCUGCAGAACUCAAGAGACUAGUGGAGAGUCGCCGACAGCAGAUCUUAAAGGAAUUUGAAGAGCUUCAUAGGCGGCUGGAUGAAGAGCAGCAGGUGUUGCUUUCACGACUAGAGGAGGAAGAACAGGACAUUCUACAGCGCCUCAGAGAAAAUGCUGCUCACCUUGGAGAGAAACGCCGGGACCUGGCCCACUUGGCUGCCGAGGUGGAGGGCAAGUGCUUACAGUCAGGCUUCGAGAUGCUUAAGGAUGUCAAAAGUACCCUGGAAAAAUGUGAAAAGGUGAAGACCAUGGAGGUGACUUCAGUAUCCAUACAACUUGAAAAGAACUUCAGCAAUUUCCCCCGACAGUACUUUGCCCUAAGGAAAAUCCUUAAACAGCUAAUUGCGGAUGUGACCCUGGACCCUGAGACUGCUCAUCCUAACCUAGUUCUGUCGGAAGAUCGUAAGAGCGUCAAGUUUGUGGAAACAAGACUCCGGGAUCUACCUGACACACCACGGCGUUUCACCUUCUAUCCUUGCGUCCUGGCUACUGAGGGUUUCACCUCAGGUCGACACUACUGGGAAGUAGAGGUGGGAGACAAGACCCACUGGGCAGUGGGUGUGUGCCGGGAUUCUGUGAGCCGAAAGGGCGAGCUGACCCCACUACCUGAGACUGGCUACUGGAGGGUGCGACUGUGGAAUGGGGACAAAUAUGCAGCCACCACCACGCCUUUUACUCCUUUGCACAUCAAGGUGAAACCCAAGCGGGUGGGCAUAUUCCUAGACUAUGAGGCCGGCACACUGUCUUUUUACAAUGUCACAGACCGCUCUCAUAUCUACACCUUCACUGAUACUUUUACUGAGAAACUGUGGCCCCUCUUCUACCCGGGCAUCCGGGCUGGAAGGAAGAAUGCUGCACCACUUACCAUCAGGCCGCCAACAGACUGGGAGUGACAGGUAGGGAUGUGGGAAUAACUGGAAUGAGGCAGGACCAAGAGCAAUGGGCCUUCCUUCCUGUGACCUGCUGGAAUGUCUUCAUGUUUGCCUAGUUCCAGUCCUGAAACAUCUGGGAGAAACACCUUGGUUUCUAGAAUGGCAUAUGUGGAGGAGUAGGUAGGACUGGUCUAGGAUGAGAGCACAGCUAUGUCUCCUCCCUAACUGAGUGAGGAGCUAGUUCCCAGGGGAUUAUCUCCCCUGAAGUUCAUCGGGUUUUCUAUUACACAGGACAGGUUGGGAAGGAAGGAGAGGCUUUUCCAGAAACAAAAAAUCUCUGGGAGAGUCUGACAUGUUCAAACCAGAGGAGGAAACAGAACCCCCUAUACAUAGGGGGUUCUUGAACCCAGAAUAGUUGUGUUUCUUGAGGAAGAGCACAGGGGUGUGUAUACCUCUAGAUUGAAAUGAAAAUGAAUGACAGUUGCUUUCACGGGUCUAGAAGUUAAGUUUUUCCAAGGACAGAGAUUGGGCAUCAAAAGUUUAGAAAGAAGGUCAGGGAAGGCGGCUAAAGGAGCAAAUCCCUAGAGACUAAUGAAGUGGAAAGGAUUUCUUUGGUCUUCUAUCCCCAGAGUGAGGUUGCCAUUGUCAGUAGAUUGGCCAGAGGAGAGGGUGAGAAUGACGAGGAGGAGGACCCAGGUCCCUAUCUCAGCCUUCAGCAGAGGUGGCUUAUUGCCUGCCUCCUUACAGUUGACUAUGUCUCCAAGAAGUCAGUCACCUUCCUCUUCAGGGGUGAGGUACCAGAGAUCCUGCAAGACAGUCUACCCUUUAACUGCUUUCCCAGGGGAACUUGGAAAGGAGAGAGUCAGGUAUUAGAGAAAGAGAAACAGAUUUCUAUCCAAAGCUCUGGCCUUAAAAGAAUGUUGCUAAUAGUUACUCCCAAGUUGUUAGCCUUAUUACCUGGCUAAGGUGUCCAAGCCAGAAACUGAGAACGGAAAUGGAGUCUUCCUCACUCUGAGGACGGGGUAGAAGAGGGUGGCAUGUAUAGGGAAGGGCAAGAUGGGUGACUCCCUUGUGCCUGUGUGCAUCUGGCCUGGAACUAGUGUUCACAGGAGCCAGUCUUUUGCUUGUUUGCUGCCAUUCUUCACCGUUUGCCAUUUCCUCUAUCAGAGAAUGUAAAUCAUUUAAUGUUAGGCCAAAAUAAACAAUCUGUAGGGUACAUAUGUUGUCAAAAAAGGUAAAGUAAUACAUGCCAAACCAAACUAAAGUGACUUGGACUAUCUGCUGCUUCAGUAAUGGGGUUCACAGAAGGUUGGGAUAAGAAACUGCAGCUUAGUGAGGACAUUUCAGUUCCUCCUACCACCUCAACAGGACUCUGUUCAGACUCUCCUCUUACCUUUGUGCCUUGACUGUGGUUCUUUGUGGCAAGAUGCUUUGGUUGGUAAAACAAUAUGGAACAAAGGAUCCACUGAAGUGAUCUCUGUGUUGUGUGGUAAUUUGACGACUGUUUCUCUUGAUGUAUAAGACUCACUGUUAAAAAUGCAUGUUCCUGGGCUUACCCUUAGUGUUGUUCAAGGUCUGUGGUCCACCUACAUUUUAAGCAUACUUCUUUCCUUUGAUUCUGGGGAUACUUGUGAAACUCAUCCCUGAAAAGGUUUCAGCCACUUCUGAGCCGGAGUCCUGGUCCCCUACCCAGCCUGAUGGGGUUUGACAGGGGAGAAAGACCUCACCCUCCCCUGAUGUAAGGCACCCUCUUCCUAUCUCAGGGUUCAUUCAUGUUCUACUCCUCCAGCUCACAUCCCUCUACUCUGAUCUCAGGAAUUGGUGGCCCUUAACUAUGAAGCAGAGGCAAACAGGAUGCCAAAAAGAACAAAUGGGACACAGAAAGGUCAGAGGGAGGGAUUGUGAUCCAUGUCUGUCUGUGUUGGGGGUGGGGUGUAGUUUCAGGGGCAGGAGAUACUGUUGUCAGGUUUCUGUGUCCCAUACCUAUGACUAGGAGUUAGUGAGUAUCACCUGCUGUGUGUUUAGCACUGCAUAACAGGAAAUGUGUUUGUCUGGUUAAGUGGAAAUGAGCUGUGUUCCCUGAGCGCCUGGAGCCCUCUUCCUUCACUCCACCAUCCUCAUGAUCCUUUCGAAUUUCACUCCCACUGACACCAGUGAUUUUUUAAAAAUGUGUAACUGCUGUUCCUUCUACCUGUAGAUCUUCCAGAUAUCCACCUUUGGCUGCAGAGAGUAGGGCAGAAGGUCUGUCUGGGUAUAAAUUGCACAGAACCAUCUCCCCACCCUAGCUGCCAAAGGACCUGUCUUCUGUCCUGAAGAUGUAUAGCAGUUUGAGAUCCUCUUCUGUUGUACUAGCCUCUCUAGUCUUUACCUAGUAUAAGUGAUCAUGGGCUCCAGUCUACCUAAUAUAACUGAUAUGGGCUUGAAUAAGACUAGAAGGGAGUUAGAACUCAUGCACGGACCCUGGCUUAGAAUGCAAUUCAAACAGAUGGAUCUGUGAGGCCGCAAGGUGGCGCCAGAGUAAGGACCACAGCCGAGCGCCCGGAGCUUGGGAGCUCCGCUGCCCAGGAGGCAUUGCGCUGUCGCUGUAGCGUGUCUGUCCGAGGGGUGGGGCCUGCAGGCCUUCGACCUGGGGCCCUCGUGUUGCCAGAAUGGCGGGGCCGGUGAAGGACCGUGAGGCUUUCCAGAGGCUCAGCUUCCUGUACCAGGUGAGUCUGCGAAGGGGGUGCUCAGGGAGGGCCCUGGUGCCGCCAGCCGCCGAGUGACCGCCCCUCCCCUAGGCUGCCCACUGCGUCCUGUCGCAGGACCCUGAGAACCAGGCGCUGGCGAGGUUCUAUUGCCACACAGAGAGGACCAUCGCCAGACGGCUCGUCUUGCGGCGGGACCCCUCGGUGAAGAGGACAGUCUGUCGAGGCUGCUUUUCCCUCCUCCUCCCCGGCCUGACCUGCACACAGCGCCAGAGACGCUGCAGGGGACAGCGCUGGACAGUACAGACCUGCCUGACAUGCCAGCGCAGCCAACGGUUCCUCAAUGAUCCUGGGCAUGUGCUCUGGGGAGACCGGCCUGAGGCCCAGCUAGGCAGCCAGGCUGAUUCCAAACCACCACAGUCCCUGCCAAACACAGCCCACCUUAUUGAAGAGAAAGUGCUGCCUCAGAGCUCCAAUAACCAGUGAUGGAUUCACCCUGUCUUCCAAAUAAAUAAAGUUUAAUUCUGUUUCA